CACACCACAUGCGACGAUAUAGGCGCAGCAGAUUCUAGAGAAGUAUAUACGUACAUAGAAACAGCCACACUAUCAACAUCGUCUUAAACGCGUCAACCCCAUGUCACGAUUUCGAGAGGAGAAGCCACAUGUGUAGAAUAACUGCGCUGAGCAUGCAUCUGAUCCUCUCUAUGCUCCACUGCGUCGAUGCUCGAACGGGUCGGCUCACUGAUGUAUCGCUUGUACUAGCGUGCACGCAUUGGCUACUUCCCCCCGACGUCUACCGCCAGCUUCACUCUCAGAUUCGAACAGUCCAGCACGUGGUACUCGCCAACAAUCUGUCAUCCCAUCAAACACCAUCAGACUGACCGAAACGACACCGUGAUACGAUAACAUACGACUGCGUCGCCAGUGCGAUCUCUGCCACAGAAUACAG